CUCUAACCGUGCACCGGAAGUACGCAUGCAAAGCAAAAGCGACCGCUUCGGAAGUCUACACAGAAACCGGUUGGUGAACUACUGGGUUAUUUUGACAGAUGUAGGUGAUUUAGACUCCACCCACAUUUACAGUGACGUCAUCAAACAUGGCUGCACGUCACCUGUUCCGGCUUGGCCGAUCGAGUCAUGCGUUUUUCUCCGCUGGUCUUCACAAUGUUUCCAGCGUGCAUCUCGUGCAGGCGCGGCUCUGCUCGUCUCGAGGAAGGAGGUCAGACAGAGACUCCGGUCAGGACAGAGAACAUGGACUCUCUUCUGCUGAUCGUGAGCUGGACUUCCGGCUGAGCCGGCUGCAGGUGGACGCGGUGCUGCGCGCUAACGAGCAGUCCAUACGAGUUCCUGAGUUUGAUGGACGUGGCGGUCUGAGUCCAGUACUGAAGUUCGAAAGCAAUCAGCUCGCUGCUAAUUCUCCUCUAGAAGACCGACGCAGCAGCGCCACCUGCUUGCAGACGCGGGGGAUGCUGUUCGGAGUUUUUGAUGGACACGGUGGUCACGCGAAUGCUCAGGUGGUCAGCGAGCGUCUGCCUUAUUAUGUCACUGUGGCGAUGAUGUCAGAGUCCAGCCUGGAGGAUCUGGAGGCCUCGAUGGAGAUGUUACGGCCAGUACCGCCGAUUCUGCAGUGGUACAGACACCGCAAUGACCACGUCUACCGCGAGUCUGCCGCUCUGUACAUCAAUCACUUGCGUGUGUUCUGGCAGGAGCUGCUGGCCAGCGAAGAGCACGGAGAUGGAAUGAACCCUGGCGACGCCCUCAGCUACGCUUUCCAGCGCCUUGACGCAGAUCUUUCUCUGGAGGCUCAGGUCCCUUUGGCAAGUGAUCUGAUGCGGAACACGGCGGUACAGGCGGCCUUCGCGGGGUGCACGGCUUGUCUCGCUCAUGUGGGACCCGAAGGAAUUUACGUAGCGAACGCUGGAGACUGUCGAGCCGUGCUCGGAGUUCAGGAAAGCGACGGGAGCUGGAGCUCGCUGCCUCUUUCUCAGGAUCACAACACAACCAACCCGGCUGAAGUGGAGCGAGUACUCUCUCAGCACCCGUCCAGUGAGCGCCAGACGGUCAUCGUGGACGACAGGCUGCUCGGCGUGUUGAUGCCGCUGCGAGCUUUCGGAGACGUUCAAUUUAAAUGGAGUCGUGAGCUGCAGCAGAGCGUGUUAGAAAACGGAGGCUGUGACUCAGAGGCGCUGAAUAUUUAUCAAUACACGCCACCUCAUUACCUCACGCCACCGUACCUCGAGGCCACACCCGAGGUCACUUAUCACCGUCUGCGCCCUCAGGAUCGCUUCCUGAUCCUGGCAUCAGACGGCUUGUGGGACGAAAUGGACAACGAGGAGGCGGUCCGGCUGGUGGCGGAACACUUAACCGGCGUCCAUCUGCAGGCUCCGGUCUCGGCCGGCCGGCUCAGCCUGGGACAGAUGCACCAGCUGCUGCUGCGGCGCCAGGCACGCGCCACGCCCGCGUUGGACCCAAACGCGGCCACACACCUGAUUCGCCACGCUCUCGGGACGAAUGAGUACGGAGAGAUGGACCAGGAGAGACUGGCGGCCAUGUUGGCGCUCCCAGAUGACCUGGCACGCAUGUACCGUGAUGACAUCACCAUCACCGUAAUUUAUUUUAACUCUAGUCUCAACAAAACAUCACGGAACCAUUUGUGACAGAGAAACAAAGACUGAGAUGUUCAGCCUUGGGUUCGAUGGAUGAAGUUUAAAUAUUGAAUUAAAAGUUGAGGUGGAUGAAGAACCCAGUUUUAAUUGGGUCAAGGGCCUGAAAAUCAAAAUCUGUGAGAUUCACAGCCCUGUGAGCGGAGAUUAUUUUCUCGAUACUUGCCUUUAAUCAGAUUUUAUGAUAUUAAAGAAAUAAAACCCAUUCUUUACUGUAACUGACCCCGAACGUCUGGUCAGGAAGUGGUCUUCAUCGCCUCACUGUGUUUAGGGGUCACAAAUGUCUCAGAUUACUUGGUUAAGAAAAUGUGACAGAUUUAAUCUCAGGUUCAGAAUAACUGCAGGAACCGUGCUCCUCGUGGUGUUUAUUGUGAAUUCUAGAUCAUAUAGUGAUGUUUAUCUGAUCCUCAGCAUGUGACCAGUCUCACUGUAGCUUUCUCUUCUGUGUUUAUUUCAUAUUAAUCCAAAUUACUUAUUGUAAAUGUACAUGAUUACAUCCAGUCCUUCUUUCAUCAAGUUUCCUCUUGUGAACUUUCAAGGGUUUGGAUUUUGAGCUGAGAUCUUCGUUAUGUUGUGUCUUCCUUUUAAUGUUCCUUCACCAGUGGAAUCUGAACUGUAAAAACAUGUGACCUUAUUAAGAAAUGUUUACUCUCACAACCUCUUCCUCUGUUCUCUAAAUAAGCCUUUAAUUGCUCAGUAAUGUUCACUGUAAACAUGUUUGUGUCCUCGCUUUUUUGUCUUAUUUCACUCUUUUUCCCUGCUCACUCUCUGCUGUUGCACUUUCCCUGAAGCUGGCUGUGUAAAACCCCAUACCCGUGUGUUCAGGAGUGUGUGCUGGUUGUGUGGUGCUCAAUAGAUAUGAUAUGGCUCAUAUUUCAUUUAUUUUCCACUUAUUGACCAGUUAUUGUCCAGUGUGUGGUUAGUGACCAGCUUGUGUUUGAUGUGAAAUCAGUUCUGUUUGUUUUUGUUUUGAAUUCAUUAAUAAGCUUUAAUGCAUGAAGGCCGGAAUAAUGAAAGGAUAUGAAGGCAUCAUUUCAGAUAUUUAUGACUGUGUCCAAUUAUAGGUUUAUUUUUAAUUUAACUAAUAAAUAAAAAAAAAAAAAAACUGCUCAGUGCUGCACCUUUAGAUCUGAGGCAGAGGGGUGCCAAUACUUUAUACAGGACCAUAUAUACCAUCAAAUAUAUACAUGAUUACUGUCCUGAAAAAUCACUUAGACUAUUAAA